AUGCAGAAGCUAUUUUAUUUGGUACUUUUGCUUUCUGCUUACAUUCUCGCUUCUGGCCAUCGGGGAAGCAAUGAAAGGUUCCUCAAAAGUCAAGUAGCCGAAAUUCCCCCAAGCGGAAUGUACACCUUUCUCUGGAAGCGCGGUAAAGGUUUAGAUGUCGAUUUGAAUCUUUCGCCACCUCAGGAAGAGGUUCUCAAAUCUCCUGAAGGAAAUGAACAGCAUGGCAAAGAUGGGCAAAGUACACCAGCUUCUGUUACUGUGAAGGAGAAUGCGCCUCGCUCCGAUGAUGUUGAAAAUCAACGUAGGCUGAUGAACAACAAAAAGGAAGCCGAAAGACGACGUAAACAAAGAGCAGCUUGGGAAGAAGCGGUUACAGAUUCAUCAAAGAUGACACCUGAAUUAUUUCAACAAAUUAGUAGACAUUACCAAAGUCAACGUAAACGACAAAAAAAGUAUUACGAUAAAGUGGAAACGAAAGUGAAGAGUUCAACUGCUAAUUCGAAAGAAAUCGCAACUUUUAAUCGACAUCAUCGAACUAUCGAAUGGCGUUCGGAGUCGGAAGCAAAUGAGGCAUAUUACCAGAAAUUACUCAAAAAGGAACGUGAAAGAAAAAGGAAGAAUAGGGAGAAGAAAAAGCAAAAGUUGCAAAAGCGUGCUUUAUCACCUGGUAUCGAUCUCAACAUGGAGCCUGUGGCUGAACAAGCAGCAUCUUCAUUGCCCAGAGAUGAAUCGCAAGCGGAAGUUCAUAGUCAACCUGAAGGCCAAACAGAGAAUGUGCGUAGGAGAGGACGUCCACGGGUACCUGCUGACGUGAGGAUGCAAAAAGAAAGGAUGAGAGGGAUACGAUGGCGUGAAGGAAAAAGAGCUAAAGAGCAAGAAGGAAAAAGUGAAGAUCCAUCCAUAGUUCGACCGAGAAGGGGGCGUCCAAGGAUUCCUGCUGAAGUGAGAAGAGAGAGAGAUUUGGCAAGAGCACAACGAUGGAGAGAUCAGCAGAAAGCUAGAUUUAAAGAAGCACUUCAAGAUCCAAGUAAGAUGACGGAAGAAGUGAAAGCGGAGAUAACAAAGUAUAAAGGUAUUCAAAAAGCCUCAGCAAAGAAGCAUUAUGAAAAAUUAAAAGCAAAGGUUGAAUCAAAUGCAGAAAUUAGUCCGUACGAAUUCAGAAAUUAUCACUUACUCCAUCAGACUGCACAAUGGAGGUCUGCUUCAAAGGAGAAUCAAGCAGCAUAUGAACGCCGUUUGCUGCGAAGCAGGGAACGCAGAAUUGCAAAACGUAAGGGUGCAGUAGUAAAGGAGGGCAAAGAUGAACAAGGGCCUAUCUUAAGGAAGCGUGCUAAUGGUCUCAAGAUUGACCUCAAUCACACACCUCCGAGGGACGAAGAAGGCGAAGAAGGUGUGUUGAUAGAUACUGCCUCAACUGCUGCUGCUGACGACACGAAGGGAAUAAGUAAAGAUCAGCGCCGGGAAAGAUAUCGAAUUCGUAAGCGACUUGAACGUCUCAAAAGGAAACAGAAGUGGAAGGAAGCCCAAGAGGAUCCAACGAAAUUAACGCCUGAAUUGAAGGCCUCUAUCGAAAGAUUUAAACACAACAAGCGACUUGAAUAUCAAAGAAGGGCCAAACGACAGAAAGAAGCAGCAAAGGAUCCUAAAAAUAUCGAGGCUUCAAAAAAGAGGAAUCGACAGCGAGUGCAAAAGUAUCAUCUAACAAAGAUGCAGAAAAAGAAUUCUGGUCAGCUUCUAACGCCGAAUGAGCAAAAGUACUUCGAUCGACAUUAUCGAACCCUUGAAUGGCGAUUUAGCAAUAAAGAAUCACACGAACGUCAUUUGAUGCGAAGGAGAGAAAGUUACCGCGAAAAACAAACAAAAAAUGCAGCAGAUGACAUAGGUGAAAAGGAUCGUAAUUGA